AUGCCUCAAAUCGGCUGGUAUGGCCUCGGGUCCAUGGGCCUGGCAAUGGCCUCGAACCUCCAGAGGCACCUAGCAACCAAGAAAGCUCUGAGUCUACUCUACUCCAACCGGACAAUGUCGCGCGGAGCACCCCUGCAAUCACUGGGAGGAGUUCCAGAGAACAAUUUCUCGAAACUAGUCUCCAACUGUGGAAUCAUCUUCACCAUGAUCUCAAACGACUCAGUUCUACAAAGCCUGCUAUUCCAAGCAACAAGCUCAGGCAACUCCCUCAAAGGCAAGAUCUUCGUCGACUGCUCAACAGUGCACCCAGAAACAGUCAGCAAAGCUGUCACCGAACUGAAAGCCAAGAACGCCUCAUAUGUAGCAGCGCCUGUCUUCGGCGGAAACCCGAUUGCCGUCGACGGCAAGCUGGUCUUCGCAAUUGGCGGUCCUCAACAUGCAACAGAAGCUGUUAAGCCUUUGAUACAGGACGUGAUGGGUCGCCGGGUGAUUGAGUGCGGUGAAGACGCGACGAAGGCUUCCCUUCUGAAGAUUGCUGGUAAUAUUGUUACUGUUAAUAUGAUGGAGGCUGUUGGUGAGGCGCAGGUCUUUGCUGAGAAGACUGGGCUAGGCACUGGGCCUAUGGAGGAGCUUAUUGGGGAAGCGUUUGGGCCUGUUGCUGGGGGUUAUUCUAAGAGGUUGACUUCUGGUGCUUAUGCGCCGUCUUUGGAUUCCCGUCCUGGGUUUGGUGUCUCGCUUGCUAUUAAGGAUGCUAGGCAUGCCAUGGCCAUGGCUGAGGAGGGUGGUGUUCAGCUUCCGGGUCUUGAGCUUGCUCAUGCCAACAUGGAGGCUGCUAGGGAGUAUGGUGGCGAGUGUCUUGAUAGCAGUGCUAUGUAUGGUACAUUGCGCCAGAAGGCUGGGUUGGAGUUUUGGAAUGAAAAAAGCAGGAAAGAGUAG